AGCUUCCUGCCUCUAACACCAACUGACCCGCCCACCCUGAGCCGCGAUGGCGCUGGCCACAGGACCGGGGAAGCAGACACAGCUGCGGGAGGUGGAAGGGGUGCCCCUGCAGGCUGCAAUUGUGGACAACUGGGGCCAGAUCCAGAGCUUUGAGGCCAAGCCGGACGAUCUCCUCAUCUGCACCUACCCCAAAUCAGGGACGACGUGGAUCCAGGAAAUCGUGGACAUGAUCGAACAGAACGGGGACGUGGAGAAGUGCCAGCGGGCCCUCAUUCAGCACCGCCACCCUUUCAUCGAGUGGGCUCGGCCACCCCAGCCCUCUGGUGUGGAGAAAGCUCAAGCGAUGCCCUCUCCACGGAUCCUGAGGACUCACCUUCCCACUCGGCUGCUGCCGCCGUCUUUCUGGGAAAACAACUGCAAGUUCCUUUAUGUCGCUCGAAACGUGAAAGACUGCAUGGUUUCCUACUACCAUUUCCAAAGGAUGAAUCAAGUGCUCCCGGACCCCGGCACCUGGGAAGAGUAUUUUGAAACCUUCAUCAACGGCAAAGUGGCUUGGGGUUCCUGGUUUGAGCACGUGAAAGGUUGGUGGGAAGUGAAAGGCAGAUACCAGAUUCUCUUCCUCUUCUAUGAAGACAUCAAGAAGGACCCAAAGUGUGAAAUUCGGAAGGUGGCGCAGUUCAUGGGAAAGCACUUGGACGAGACUGUGCUGGAUAAAAUUGUCCAGGAGACCUCCUUUGAGAAGAUGAAAGACAACCCCAUGAUCAACCGCUCCACAGUUCCCAAGUCCAUCAUGGACCAGUCCAUUUCCCCCUUCAUGAGAAAAGGAACCGUGGGGGACUGGAAGAACCACUUCACCGUGGCCCAGAGCCACAGGUUGGAUGAGCUGUACAGGAAGAAGAUGGAAGGGGUCUCUAUAGACUUCUGCCUGGAGCUCUGAGCAGCACGCAGCUAAGAAGGAGGGUGGCCAGAAGUCUCUGAAAGCACAUCAUGACUGUACACAAUCAUAGAACUGUCACCGGGAUCAACGCUGCCACAGCUUCGCUUUUAAAAAAGAAUCCUGGGGCGGGCGCCGGUUCGAGUCCCGGCUGCUCCACUUCUGAUCCAGCUCUCUGCUAUGGCCUGGGAAAGCAGUACAAGAGGGCCAAAGUCCUUGGGCCCCUGCAACCACAUGGGAGACCCAGAAGAAGCUCCUGGCUCCUGGCUCCUGGCUCCUGGCUUUGGAUCAGCACAGCUCUGGCUGUUUCAGCCAAUUGGGAAGUGGGCCAGAGGAUGGAGGACCCCUCUCUUUCUCUCCCUCUUUCUCUCUCUCUCUCUCUGCCUCUCCUUCUCUCUCUGUCUAAUGCCUAUUUUAAUGAUUCUUUCCAAAAUUAAAAAAGAUGACUUAAUAAACCAAGUAAAACAUAAGACUUGAACACUA